AUGUUGCUAUACCGAAAGAGUAUAAAUCUCAAACGCCGCUACGAAACAAAACAUACGGAAGUGCGGUGGCUCGGUCGGGGCAAAGUCUUCAAUAUAGUUUCUGAGCUGGUUGAGGAAAUAUGUCAGUUCAUGGACAGUAAAGGAAAAGAAUCCAAAGUUCUGAAGGAUGAAAAGUGGAAAUGCGAAUUGGUGUUUCUGGUUGACAUAACUGCGCAUCUCCGUGUUUUAAACAUCCGGUUCCGGGGACGGGAUCGCAUGAUCUGUGAUAUGUAUGACGCAAUGAAGGCAUUUCAAGUGAAGUUGCGCUUAUGGGAGACACAAAUGCACCAAUUGAACAUGUCUCACUUUCCCUGUUGCCAAGUAAUGUUGAGCCAAGUCAGCGCUACGGUGUUCUCAAAGAAACACUUUGCUGAUAAAUUAAGUGCGGUCCGCAUUGAAUUCACGCGGUGCUAUAGUGACUUUGAAGCACAGAAAAAUAAUUUCGAGCUGCUUCGCAACCCAUUUGUCAUCAAUGUGGAAACUGCACUUGCACAGAUUCAAAUGGAGCUGACAGAACUGCAGUGUAAUGGGAUACUAAAAGAAAAGUACAACUGUGUGGGGCCCGCACGGUUCACAUGCGUCAUACCUAAGGCAUUGCCGCAGCUCCGUUUACAUGCAACUCGAACGCGUUCUUUGUUUGGAAGUACAUAUCUGUGUGAGCAGCCAUUCUCUGUGAUGAAGAUUGUUAUGUGUAGUUCCGUUCUCGAUGGGUGA